GUAAAAUGUAUAAUAUAAAGGUAAAUGUAUACGUAAAUCUCCACAAAACAGACAUUCAACAGAAACAAUUUUGAGAACAUCUCAAUUAAAGCAGAAAUAACAGAGAUGAAGUUCCUAUUGGCCUUUUUCUUGCUUGGAUUCUCGUGUAUUCUGGGUGACAAAUGUGUUGUGUAUAAAGAAGGUGAAACAAUACCAAGUCUUCCCACUGGUUCUAGAUAUGGCAGAACGUGUCAUAGUAUUUUUAGAGACAGAAAUAAUUACUGUGUUGAAUGGGAUUGUCCUAAAACAGACUGCGCUGAUCCAAUUGUACCAGAAACAGGUUGUCCCUUUUGUAAUGGUACAUGUGUCAAUGGAGGAAGAGUAUUUAGAGAAGACGAGCAUUUCACCUGCGAUGAUGGAUGUAAUGGAUGUACCUGCCACUCGACCACACUUAUGAUGUGCUACAUGCAGGAACCUCCAGAAUUAUGCAAAGGUCUAUGAAGAACAAAAUCGAACACUUUGAGAAAAAUUCUCUGAGAAUGAAUAUCUCGUUAUUCCUGUUAUCAUAUUAUUAUUCUAAUUUCAUUAAAAAGUAGCAGCGAC